AUGCCCACUGCUAAUCCCACUGCUGAUGUGCCCACUGAUGACGUUGCCAUAGUCGGUGAUAAUUUCACUGAGGAAGAGCAGCUAAGCAACUUAGAAUCACAUUGCAAGUAAGUCUUCCAUUAGUGCACAGAGUAAACAUGAAUGGGUGAACGUAAUUCUUAAAAUUUGCCACUGUUUAAAGAAAGAAAACUGACACACUCUUUUUUGACACACCUAAGUCUUGCGCUCAAACCAACACGUCCUUAACUUAAUGUAACAUGUGUAAACAACUAAAAUGAAAACAUUUUUUUUACAGGGCUGUAAAGAUAACGAGAGUUGAAACCACUUCAGAAAAAGAAGAAGACGGGCUGUAUACUAGCGGCGUUUUCCUUGAUGCCCUUUCUGCAUUUUGGAACUCUUUUUAUGAUUUUUGCACUAAUGGCAAGGACGAGAGAGUUCCAGUCAUCAGGCACGACUUGCAGAUGCUGAGUGGGAGGCCAUAGCCAGAAUAACAGUCAAAGGGUAUCAACAAGUUGGUUUAAUUACAAUUAAAUAAGGCAAAGCCUUUACAACAGCCUUUCUCUUUGGCGAAGAAGUUGUAAAAGAGUACCUUUCGUUGGAAUCCUUCCUAGCAUACAUCAGUAGUGACAAAAGAGAACUGGUUAACCUGUCUCUGAAUAGGAAGCUAGAAAAAGAACAGGAAAAUGAAUGGUUAGUUCUUCUGGAACGUUUUAACUUGGAGAUUGUUCCCAGAGCAAAACAAGUCAAAGAUGUCGUCUUGGAGAUUGCCCACAAAGAGGUCAUUCAAACUCCAAGAUACAUUGUAGACAGCUGGAGCACACCGUUGUCAGCAUUUCACCGCGAGUUUUCGUCAACAGAUUGCCUUCUGGAGAUGUUUUCACGAGGAAAACUAACCAACAAGAAGAUCAUCACAUUUCACGCAAACCUUAAGACCUGA